UUUUGACGACUUCAUCCUUCUACACACCAGCAAACAUGGCCGCACAGACGACGAAGAAGCGCAAGAGCGCAGGCGACACUGGAGAUGCCGUCAAGAGAGUGAAAGUGGCCAAGUCUGCGGAAAAGACGGCACCACUCAAGUCUGCACUCAAAAAGGCGAAAACUGCACCGGCAGAAGCACCCGCACCCAAGACGGAGAAGAAGCUACCUUCACGCACGACAAAGAGCAAGAAACCAGACACCUCUUCGACUGCGCAGCCCAUCAUCGCCGACGACAACGACGCCGAAGAGCUCACACCCGACCAAACCGCCGCCCUCCUCGCCGGCUUCUCCAGCAGCGAAGACGAAGGCGGCGACGCCGACGACUCCGAAGACGAAGCCGGCAUCUCCAUCUCCACCCUCCCCAAACCCCCGACAAAGGGCCUGAUCAAGAAGCGCAUCAACCAAGCCAUCGCCGACCAAGUCGACCCCGAGACCACGCCGGGCGUCAUCUACAUCGGCCGCAUCCCGCACGGCUUCUACGAGGCGCAGAUGAAGGCCUACUUUUCGCAGUUUGGCGAGAUUAUCAACCUGCGUCUGGGGCGGAAUCGCAAGACGGGCAAGAGCCAGCAUCAUGGGUUUAUUGAGUUUGCGAGUGCCGCCGUGGCGGAGAUUGUCGUCAAGACCAUGGACAAGUAUUUGCUGUUUGGACAUCUGUUGCAGGUGCGAAGAGUGCCGCGGGAGCAGGUCAAGGAGAGCAUGUUUCAGGGGUCAGGCAGGAAGAGGAAGCCUGCGCCACGCAAUCGGUUGGAGGGGAGCAAGUUGAAGAGAGGCGCGGCCCGAGAGGUGUGGGCGCAGAGGGUGGAGAAGGAGAAUAUGCGACGUGCGGAAAAGGCCGAGAAGUUGAAGGGCAUGGGUUACGAGUUUGAUAUGCCGGUUGUCAAGGAUGUGGGUGAGGUUCCCGUGAAGCAAAAGAUGAUUGGGGUUGGAGAAGAACCAGCAGCAGUCGUUGCGGAGGAAACACCGUCCAUUGAGCAUGUCGCCGAGGCGGAAGUCGUGCAGAAGAAACGUUCGGCGAGAGGCAAGACUGAGACCAAGAAAGUGGUCAAGAAGGCCAAGAAAUAGAGUGACUAGCGCCCACUUUGUCAAUCAAGAGGCAAAUGAAGAGAAUGGUCUAAA